CCUUCUUCUCGCUCAUCUCACCACCUCGUCUCUUCUCAUCAUCAUCGCGCCCAUCUCGUCACUAGUCCUCGCCCUCUUCACCCUGGUAGUGUGGUUCAUCUGGUAUUGAGACAGUGCGCCUGCGAAUCCGGUGCAUCUGGUCAACGAGCAGCCAGUCACUGACAGUCCACCUCUUUACCACAACCAAAUUCACCUCCUUGCCCGCGGCUCAUUCAGCACUUAACUGGACGCGAUCGCCUGACCGAACCGGCUUGUACCUAUACCUGGUCUGCUAUGUUGCAGCAAAUCAUGACCUGAAGACCCCUGAAGAGCUGUCUGGAGAGGAUCACCGUCGAAUUUGGGCUGCUGGAGAGUUGGACUGGAGUCACAAGGAGGAACCAAAGUAACAUACCUGGUGUCACUUUGAAUGGUUGUAGAUAGCCAAAAGAUACCACGACGCUUUUUCCUUUUGUUGUCCACCUUGCUCGGGCACGUCCGUGCCUGACGACUCCAGUCGCUGCUUGACAUCAAAGAGUCAUUGCUUGCCUCGCCGCAUGCCCAUUUGACUCCUUCAAAGCUCGAGUCCUGAGUCCUGACUUCGGACUUGCUCUACCUUCCAAUCUUUCCUACUCUCCGUUUGCGAUUCCAAUCUCCUUCUCUCGUCAUGUCCGGGCUACCGUCAGAUGAGGUCGCGGAAGACUAUAAGAACUCUUUGGAGGAUCUUGUGACCAACGACAGAUAUCAGAUCUCGAACUUGACCCUGAUCGCAAAAGAAAAUACCGAACAUGCUGAAGCCAUCUCCAGGGUGCUGCAAAACCACAUCAACCGAGCGCCUCCGGCUCGCAAAUUGCCAGCUCUGUAUGUGCUGGACUCUAUCGCCAAAAAUGUCGGGUCUCCUUAUACGAUCUACUUCGGCCGGAACCUUCACCAGAUCUUCAUGCUGGCAUACUCUCAAGUUGACGGUGCAGUACGGCGGAAGCUGGAAGAAAUGUUGAAGACCUGGCGAGAACCGGUCCCAGGCUCCUUGUCCACCACUCCCGUGUUCCCUAUCGCCAGCACCCAGACCAUUGUCGACAGUCUGAACAAAUUUCGAGGCCAGACACCCUCAACUCAUCGACAUCAAUCGACCCCCAUCCAAGGCCAGCCGGCCAGAGUGCCGUCGGCUCAACCAUACCGCCAUACACCAACUCCGCCCCAAACCUUACCUCAGUUCGCUCAGAAUAUUCCGUCACAUCUUCGAAGUCCGCAACCACAACCUGCCGUGCCCCAACAACCAUAUGCCCAAAUACCACCAGUGACAUAUGGCCAGCCUUACCCGCCUCAGCCGACCCCAACUCCGUACUAUCAGCCCCCUCCACCUUCCCAUACACCCCAGUAUCUGCCUCCGACUCCUCAGGCGGCGUCCGUCGCUCCAAGUGCCAUCGAUUUGCAGAAACUACAUGCCGACAUCGACGACCUCACCACUGAUGCCAAAAUCGAGUGCGCCACUCAUCCUAUGGAUGCGGGGGCCCAACGGAAAUUAGCCAGUUUACAAACGUUGAAAGAAAUCCUCGACAGUGGCAAUGCUUCAGAAAGUGACUUGGUCGACAUUCGAAAUACCAUUAUGCAAAAGAUGACGGAGAAGAUGGCGAUGAGUCUCCAGGCUCCAACGCAAGCACCGCUGCCCAGUAUCCCUAUCCAUACACCUUACGCCGCUCCCCAGUCACUUGUCCAACCAAUCCAAGUGGCUGCUCCAGGUCCUAGCCCUGCCCCGCCUGCCACGGCCCUGUUCAACAGCACGAAUCUUGCUGAGCUCCUUCGAACCACUCUAAAUCAACAACAAGCGACACAACCUCCCAGUUACUAUGCACCACCUCAAUCUGGCGUGAGUACUCCACAGUACACUACCACAGCCCCCCCUCCGCCGACCGAAAAUCCACUCAUAGCUCAGCUCCGAGCGUCAGGGCUCUUGUCUGCAGCACCAACGCCUCCACCCGGGGUCACACCACCCAUGGCAUCCUUCGCCACGUUCGCACCAGACGCAGCUGCGGAAGUCAAACUCACGUCGGCCUCUAUCAGAAUACCAAGACCGCAGAUGAUCGCUAUCUUUCUCACCGCGAGGCCCAAUCAAUGCAGCACCUGUGGGAGAAGAUUCACGUCAGACGAGGCUGGGAAGGAGAAAAAGGCGAGACAUCUCGACUGGCAUUUCAAGACCAAGGCCAGAAUGCUGGAGGCAGAGAAGCGGGGUCAAAACCGCAGUUGGUAUGUGGAUGAACGAGAAUGGAUCGCGAGCAAAGAGUAUGAUGACGAUGCUGGACCCGUGGAUUCCAACGGUCAUCCGAUGAAUGGAGCUGGGGUGGCUGAUAAGAAAAAAUCCCAAGACUUCGUGCGCGUACCCGCCGAUCCGGUGAUGCGGUCGUUGCCUUGCCCCAUAGAUCAGGAGGCAUUCAAAAGUGAAUGGAGUGAGGAAGUGCAGGAUUUUAUUUGGAAAGACGCAGUCCAAGUCGGAGGGCGAUACUACCAUUCAUCUUGCCUAGGGGACUAUUCUAACUCAAUACUUGGUAAACGAAAAGCAGAGGAAGAUAAUAUGCCUGUGGCCGCGGAGAAGAAACUGCUUAUCACUUAGGUGUGAUUGUAUUCGUCCAGGGGUGUUUUUCCUGGAGGGUGAGGCAUGCAGCCGUGGGUUGGGGGAAAUGUUGGUGGACUAUUCCAGAUAAACGCAUUUGCAUAGCGCGAAAGCAUGUAGUAGAUUAUGGCCACAUGAAUGAAAUAUGGCACAAGAUGG